AUGGACUUCCUCAGCUUUUUUACUCGCCCCGCAGGCAAGAUUAUGAUCACGCAGCAGUGUUCCACAAGGCGAUUUGCGCCGUAUAGUCCAUCCGCGAAGUCUCGUCCAGAUGCCUCCACAGAGCCUAGUCACUCUUCCUCCGAAACCCCUAAGCGUCGCACUGCACCUCUAACCCGCAGUAAUGCCAGGUAUAUUGACCCAACACCCAUGUCAUGCGCCCCAAUCUCUGGCGGCAACACCAGCUACGACGAGAUAGGCAUAGAGGCGAUGAAUAGUAUCGACGACGUGUACUAUGACGAGGGCUUACAUCCCCGUGGCCCUGGUUGGGACAACGACUAUGGCAGUACCGGGGAGCCCAUGUACGACAGCACCAAUGAAGAUGAAGCCGAGGGCGAAUCCGGGCCGUAUACGCCUUCAAGCAGCUGGUCGAUGCAUGACUUCAACCUCGACAGAGAUGAGGCUUUGGACCAGUUGUACACCAAGUACUCGCAUGGUGGCAGAGCUGAAGGCGAGGUCGCGCGUGCUCAGAACGAGGAUCAAGAGAGACGCCACAACCGUACGAUAGAAAGCUACAGUCGCAAGAUUCAAACGCCCGUGACGAAGCACCGCAACGGGCGGCUGGAAGAUGAAGAGGCUCGACGCCGAGAGAUCGUAGACAUUGAGGCCGGUUUCACCAGGAAGCUCGACAAAGAGAGUCAGCGUGCGGAGAAGGCCAUGGGCGAGGUUCGCCAGUGGAAGCUGAAAGCUGAGUCGGCAAACCGGGCGUACGAGACGUUGCGCGUCGAAACUGAGGCCCAUCUUUGGAGACAGGACCAAGCCCGCAUCUUGGCAGAGGCUGAGGCGGUUCGGCUCCAUGAAGAGCUGCAGGGCCUGCGCAGCUCCCGACCUGCGGACGAACAGGCCGACCUUCGCGACCGCCUCCUCCUCUACGAGCGAAAGUGA